GUUGGAUUUACGAAGUACAAAAUUCAAACGUGUGCGUUGCGGGGACGUUUUUCCAGUUUUUAUCCUGGUACAAUGAGGUUGAAAAGCAGUCCCUGGCAACUUAAUCGUUUAUAAAAAAAUAUAACUUAACAUCGAAUUUGGUCGGUGCAACUUCUUUUCGAUUGUAUAUUUUAUAUGAAUGAAUUAUAAUGUAUUCUGCCUUUCUACCGAUUCGUUUAUUGAGCGACUAUCCAUAUCCACUGGAAUGUCUAACAUGUUAUGACAAUUUUCUACUGGUUGGUACAAAACAAGGAUUAUUACUGGUCUAUGAAUUAACACCGAAAAUAACCAGUCAUCCUGAAUUUUUCAUCCCGAAUUUAACUUGCUUGAAUAACCAUUUGAAAGAAAUUCCAUUCAAGAAUGAAAUUCAACCUGAUACUGUAUCAUCAUCCUCCACUUUGCCCACUUUUUUUACACAUGUGAAAAUUACACGGACGCUUGGAAAAAAGCCGAUCACACAACUUACAGCUAUUCCUGAAUUUGAUCUACUAUUAGCACUUGCUGAAGGUCGUAUGAGUGUAUAUCAGCUUCAAAAUUGCCAACUUAUUACAUCAGUACCGAAUAGUAAAGGUUCUGGAUUAUUUACCCACUGUAUACAAUAUUCAAGGGUAUCAUCUUCAUGCAACAGAGCAGACAAUCCAUUAUCAUCAUCAUCAUCUGAAACUAUUCUAAGUGAGUCGAAAAUUGCUCAACACUCAAAAUCAAAUUCGUUAGAAUUACGAAUUUGUGUUGUUGUAAAACGUCAUUUAUACUUUUGGCGAUGGAAUCCUAAAACACGAGAAUUUUUAUGCCCCGGAGGAUCAGAUGAUCUACUCACACCUUCGUGGCCAAAUGAAAUGACCAUUCCAGAAGUUGUUCGAUCAAUUUCAUUUUGUGGACUAUCGAAACUUAUUGUAGGACAUCGAGGUGAAUAUUUAUUAAUCAACAUUAUAAGUGGUGAGAUGCAGUUAUUGUCAGCUCUUGGCAAAAAUCAAUUGCCAAUCGUCACUUCACUUUCGCAUUGUUUUAAUUCAACUAAUUUAAAUGAAUUGAAUGCAUCGUGUAUAUUUGAUAAAGUUUAUUUUUCUAAAAAUUCAACAAUAAAUUCAUUGAAUAUUAAUUCAGACAAUUCAUUGUAUCAAUCGGCAUUCAGUGAUGAAAAUAAUAAUCAUCAUAAUCAAUCUUUCACAAAUCAUUAUUAUCAACCAAUGUUAUCAGGUUCAUGUACAUAUGUAGGCAUUGAACAUGAUGAUAUAUUAUCUAUAAUUUCACCAUUUCAUGAAUUCAAGUCUAUAUUUCAAAUGAAAUGGUCUAAUGUACCAUAUCAAAUACAUAUAUUUCCACCUUAUAUAAUUGGUACUAUGGACAAUACAUUAGAAAUUCGUAUUUUACAUCCUAAUAAACUAAUACAAAAGUUAGCUAUAAAUCAUGUUACUGCAAUGUGUUAUUCAAAAGGUGGAUGGUUUUAUGCAAGUACUGCUCCGGCCAUUGCAACGCCUACACUUUUCAAUACAGAUUUUUUACACAAUCAACAGAAUUCUCCUGUAAGAGAACCCAUAAAUAAUAAUUCUUCUACUGUACGUAAUAAAAGCACCAAUGGUAAUGAAAUUUGGCUUAUAUUAUCGGCGAACAGAUUGAAAUUAAUUCAAGAUUUAGUUAAACAAAAGGAAUUUGAAUUGGCUAUUUGUUUAGCUAAAACUGCAUUGUAUAGUGGUCAGAAUCCUGUGGAAACAUCACAAAUCACUAUAUUACAUGCAAUUAAUUUAUAUCAUGAAAAAAAGUAUUCAGAUGCAUUAAAUUUAUUCACUGAACAAUUCAUUAAUCCAAUACAUGUACUUAGUUUAUUUCCUGGUUUAUUGUCUGAACAAGAACAACAUGAAAUAGAAUAUCCUUGUGAUAUCAAAAUUAUUAGUUCAACUCAAAUGAUUGAUGCAUUCGAACCAUUAAUCACCUAUUUGUUGACAUGGCGACGUCUAUUAAAACAACAACAACAACAGUCAAACAAUGUCAAAUUAUUGAUAAAACCAUCGGAAAUAUUGAAUUCAACAACAAUAGAAGAAUCACAAAAAUCAUCAUUAUCAACUAGUAAAAAUCAACACCAACAACAAAUCAUCACUAUGAAUGAAUUUAAAUGUUUUUCUAUCAAAGAUAAAAGUAAAAUGACUAUGUCAUAUACGAAAUUACUAGAAUUAAUUGAUACAAGUCUUUUGAAAUGUUACUUAUCAACCAAUACAGCUCGUGUAGCACCAUUAUUACGUCAAGAGAAUGCAUGUAUUCUUGAUGAAUCAGUCAAAACAUUAGUGGAGCAUAAACGUUAUCAGGAAUUAAUAAUGUUAUAUCAAUCACGUGGAUUACAUGAAGAAGCUUUAUCUAUUCUACAACAAUUCAAUAUGAUACGUAUGAAACAAUUGGGAAAUGCAAUAAACAUGACCGAAUCAAAUUCCGAUAUUCAAUUACCAGUGAAUAUUAGUUUAGAUAAUAAUCAUUAUAAUCCUAGUCUGAUUGAACAACUUGGUCAUCCGAAACGUAUCAUUUAUUAUUUCAUGGAACAUUUAAAUGCAUCUUAUUUGAAUUUAUUGUUUGAUUAUUCUAGAAAUUUUAUACUACGUUAUCAUCCAAUAAGUUGGAUACGUAUUUUAUAUUAUUGGGAAAAGAAACUUCACAUGAAAUAUCAAUCGGAAAUUUUGAUCAAUGUCACAUCAAAUGAUCAAAAUAAAGAAGUUUUAGAUCAAUUUAUAACAUUUUGUUCUAAUUAUCGAAGUCAGCUUUUGCAUUAUAUGGAACAAUAUGCUCCACACUUAAUCAUUCCUUAUUUGGAAAUGAUUAUCUUUGUACAAUGGAAUAUUCAACAUAUUGAUAAUGAUGUUGAUGUUGAUGAUGAUAUUGACAAUGACAACAACUAUUAUGAUGAUGAGGAUAUAGUUGAACAUGAUGAAGUAGAUGACGGAGAAUCAGAAGAACAAGAAGAAGAAGAAGUAGAAGUAGAAGACAGUAACGAUAAUCAAAGUGAUUUUAGCACUGAUCAAUUCACUACUGAUGAGCAUCAGAAAGGAGAAGAGAAACUUCCAAAAAAGUCAAAAGCUAAAACUAUUCUUGCAAAUCAUGUUCAUGCUGAAUCGAAACAAAACACAUUCAAGAAUAUUGAACGUAAACCGAACAAAUCUAGUCCUCGUAAUAAUUUAAAAUCGAAAAUAUCAAGUGUUUCACAAUUGUCAUGUGGAUCAUCUUUGGAUUCAAUCCAAUCUGGAUCUAUGUCUCCAGGCAACCGUUCAAGUCGAUUUAGGGAUAUGCUAACAAAUUCUUUAUGGCCUUUACCUGAUCGAAGUGGUUUUAAACGCUCUCGACUGAUUAAUUCACUUAUAACUAGUUCAUUUAAAGAAGUUAAUCCUUCAAAAAUAUAUGAUCCAGAUAUUUUACCCCCUAUUCCACAAUAUCCUUCUUAUAUUGAUGUAUGUGAUAUACAUACACGUUAUGCAAUAGCAUUAAUACGUAGAGCUCAAUUACUACAACCGGCUAAUAAGCCAUUUGCAUUUAAAGUUAAUGAUGAACAACCGAAAUAUGGAGUUGUAGCACGAUUACGUCUACGUCUUAUACGUUUUCUAAUGCAUCCUGGUGCAAAUUAUUCUUUUUGUCAACUACUGACCAAGUGUCCUUUUGAUGCAUUUUUUGAAGAACGUGCUUUUUUAUUGGCUAAAUUAAAUAAGCAUGAACAAGCUCUUUCACUCUGGGUUCAUUUACUAAAUGAUUGGAAUAGAGCUAUAACUCAUUGUGUCAAUGUCUAUCAAAAAGGUGAACAUCAUUUAAAUAAUAUUGCAAACAUAGAAAUGGAUAAUGUUCCUACAGAUUGUAUUGGCAUCUGCACUGGCGGCGUUAAUAGUAGUGAUGCAAUAGUUGAAAAGAAAUUCUCUUUAUCAUCUGCCCAAAAUGAUCGAAAUUCUUCUUCUUCAUUAAUUAAUUCUUCAUUCACAGAUAGCACCAGUAAUUUAAAUAAUAAAAAUCCUAAUGAAGUAUUGAUCAAUAAUGGUCGUGAUAUAUUUUUCUUACUGAUACAAAUUUGUGUACAGCCUACUGAACCUUCUGAUUUGGGCAUUAUUCUACCUUCAUCUCCCAACAAAUCUACACUAUUCACUCCGAAGCCUAAGAAAGCACUUGAAAUUCUUCAUCAAUAUAGUACAUUUGUUGAUCCUAUCAAAGUAAUACGAAUCCUACCUACAGUUGCCUUAAGUUCUGUUGGUGGUUACUUAAAGAACAUAUUUAUAUCUCAAGAAAGUACAUUGAAUCAAUUAGUUUUUCUGAAAAAUGCUGCAAAAUCUGAAUUAAUUGCUUCAUGUACAGAUCGUAUAAAAGUUACAAAUAAUCAUUUUUCAAUUUUACCAACUACACGUUGUCGAACAUGUCGUCGACGUAUUGGUAAUAGUGCGUUUGUUAGACAACCAACAAGUGAUGAAUUAGAACAUUAUGGCUGUUGCAAAGAUGUAACAGGAAUAAAAUGAUCAAAUAAAAACUAUAUUAAUUUGUUAUUUAUUUUUAUAACUUAUUUAUGAUUUCAUAAUGACAACCAUUAUAACAAUCAUAAUAAAUCACAUAAUAUACUGAUAUCUGUUUAUUAACGAUGCAUUCUAAUUUAUACUAUUUGUUUUCUUUCUUUUUCUUUAAUAUAAUGCUAAUCUUACGAAUUAAAACAAAUUUCUGCAGAUAAA